UAUAGAAUUGUAAAUGAAAAAAAAGGAUGAUCAUUGUGAAAAUAUUGAAAAUUAAAGAAAGCUGAGGGAAAAAGAAAGAAAAAGACACACUGAUUUCAUGAAUGAAUCACACAAAAAACCAGGCAACAAUGGAAGAUAAUCACAGAUGCAAGCUGUGUUCCAGAGAAUUCUCCAAUGGCAAGUCUCUCCGCGGCCACAUGAGAUCUCAUGUCAUGAUCAAUCUUCCCCCGGCCGAGACAGAGGAUUCCAUGGUUCUUCAAGACGACGGAGCAGAGGAGGAGCCGUCGCCUCCGCCGCCGCGCAGGUUCCGGCGAUCCAAGCGGCGCCGCCUCACGAAACCCAGAGUUAUUCCGAGCUUCCUAGCAAUGGGUGCCGCCGGCGAUUCGUCGCCGGUGAGCUCCUCCGUCACGGAUUCUUCCCCUGAAGAAGACGGCGCCCACUGCCUGAUUCUUCUGUCCAGAGACCACUGGACAAACCGAGGCGAAGGUGAAGGGCAAAAGGGGAAAUUCAGAUGCGAGAGUUGCGGGAGAGUGUUCAGAUCAUAUCAAGCACUGGGAGGGCACAGAGCAAGCCACAACAAGAAGAAGAAGAUGACGAUGAAGGGCAAAAUUGGGAAUUCAGGUGAUGAUCAAGAAACGAUUGAAGAUACCCACGAGUGCCCUUUGUGUGGAAGGGUGUUUUCGUCAGGGCAGGCAUUGGGUGGGCACAAGAGAUCGCAUUUCAGCGGCGGGGGUAUUUUGGACAUUUCAGCCUCUGCUACUUCUUCAUCAACUGCCAUGGAUGUUGCUGAGGAGGACCAAAGGGUGCCAAGAACUUCUGCAGGAAUCUUCAUAGUGGAUCUUAAUCUUCCUGCCCCUCAUGAUGAUGAUGAUGAUGAUGAUGAUGUUAGUAGGAUUGAUGGGAUGUCUGCCAUUUUAGAUGCUUGUGUUCUUAGACCCCAUUGAAGAAGAAGAAGAAGAAUGAUGAAGGGGAUGAAGGCAUUCAUAAAUUCAUAGUGUGGGAAUUGGGAGAUUCAGAUUUGAUAUUUUGAGGUAUAUGGGUUUUCUGUUUUUUUUAUUUUAAAUCUUGGGAAAAUUUAGAUGAACAUGGAAUCACAUUUAUAAUUUCAAUUACAUACCCAUGCUUUGGUGGUAAAUUCUUCUUGAGUUUUUAUUUUAUUUUUUCCUUUUUUCAACUUUUAAAAUAAAUUUAGUUUCUAGGA